AUGGGUAAUAGCUGCAAGAAUAUUAUAAGAACUCGACGGGAGAAUUAUUCUGCCGAUAUUUAUAACGAGCGAUUUGAUUUUCGAAAGGACGUGAACUGUCAUGUGGAUAAGCUGAAAUAUUUUAAUGAUAUAUAUGUUAAGAAAAAAGAAAAAUGUGAUGAUAUGAAAAGAAAAGAAGAUGAUAAAUUAUCCUGUUCUUCUAUUGAUGAUGAUUGUUAUUUAAUUCAAAGUAACACUGUUGGUUAUGUUGAUGAAUUAUAUAGUAUCUUAGGUAAUAAAAAACGAAUUACAAUAAAGAAAAAAGUUGAUGAUAAAUCAGAUAUGGAAGAAUAUCUUAUAAUAGAAAAAAAAAUAAAAGUUAAAAGAAAGAAAAAAAAAGGAAAGGAUAAAAAAUAUAAAGAAGAAAUCGAAAAAUAUAUAAUCAAUAAUGAAAAGAAUACAAUCAGUGAAAAAAAAAGGAAUAAUCAUAAAACAAAAGAUAAAAUGAUAAAAUGUGAUAAAGAUAAUAUAUUUGUUGAAAAGAAUUAUAAAAUAUAUAAUCAAAGUAAAGAUGAUCAUUUUAUUUUCCCUUCACCUGAUAAAAAUAAAAAUAUUAAUAAAAAUAAAAAUAUUAAUAAUAAAAAGAAUAAUAAUAAUAAUAAUAAUAAUAAUAAUAAAUCUAGAUCUCAUUCAAAAAAUACUGAAAUGGAAACAUGGUGUAGUUCAUCAAAUGAUAAGUAUGAUAUUUUUGAACAGGACAGAAGAUAUCUCUUAAAAAAAAGAAAAGAAAAUGCUGAUAAGAAGAAUAAUGAAAAUAAUGAAAAGGAAUCCCAGCAUGAUAAUUCCAAUGAUUCAUCAGACAAGAAAUUUUAUAAGACGAACAAAAAAUAUAAAGACCCAUUUGAAUGA